AUGUCUGCUGUCAACAGCACAAAAUUCAGUCAUCUCACGUUCAUCCUCCUCGGCAUCCCGGGCCUGGAGGACUGGCACACCUGGAUCGCCAUCCCCUUCUGUUUGAUGUACACUGUUGCUCUUUUAGGGAACUGUGUUCUAAUAUUCCUUAUUGCAACAGAGCGCAGCCUCCAGGAGCCCAUGUACCUUUUCCUCUCCAUGUUGGCAGUCAGCGAUUUAAUAUUAUCUACUUCUACAGUGCCGAAAAUGCUGGCCAUCUUCUGGUUUAGGGCCAGGGAAAUUGCUUUGGAGUCCUGCUUCACCCAGAUGUUCUUUGUUAACUUUGGGUUUGUUGCCGAGUCGGCAAUCCUGCUGGCCAUGGCCUUUGAUCGGUACGUAGCCAUCUGCGACCCCCUGAGAUACACGACUAUCCUCACCAAUGCGAAGAUUGGGAAAAUUGCCACGGCCAUAGUGAUGAGAAGCUUUUGUAUAAUUGUCCCCGUUUACUUUCUGCUCCAACAACUGCCCUUCUGUGGAAGCAACGUCCUACCGCAGUCAUACUGCGAGCACAUAGGGGUGGCCAGUCUGGCCUGUGCAGACAUAACCAUCAAUAUCUUGUAUGGCUUUGCACUGAUGAUUGUAACCGUUAUACUAGACGUUGUAUUUAUUGGGGUGUCUUACUUGAUUCUUUGCACUAUGUUUAAC